AUGUCUGGAGCGAAUAAUGCGCCCGAUGCGGACACACUGGCCACGUCUCUCGAGGGUACAGACCUCCAGAACCUGUACACAUCCAUCGACAAAACCAAUGUGCACGGGCUCAAUCUUACGGUGCCCGAGGACGCGCAGGCGGUAAUCAAGCCCUGGGACGAGCGGAACGACACGAGUGUGUCGGCACAGUCGAACGUCGAUGACCAGAUAAUAAUACACGUCCCCUUCACGCAGAAUGUGCGCGUACGGUCUGUCUUGCUGAAGCUCGGGCGAGGAGAAGAGACACCGCGUCAUCUGCGGUUGUACGCUAAUCACAAUACUAUCGUCGACUUUGCGGAGGCAGAAGAGAUCACGCCACAGCUUGAUAUCACCCUUCAAGAGGGCGAAGUCGGCGUGACAGAAUACCCCUUACGUGCCGCAACCUUCGCCAAUGUGUUCUCGCUCUCCUUAUAUUUUAACAACGCCAUAGGCAGCGAUGUCGCACGGAUAUUUUACAUCGGCUUUAGAGGCGACAAUAGAGGGCAGCGCAAAGAAGGCACCAACAAACUAGAAAUACCUGCUGCUAAUGCACCGGAUGCGAAGAUUAUUGAUCGUGUUACCGAGAAGGCUGGUGCGCAACAAACAACAGCCCGAUAA